AUGAUCACCAUCACUGUGAACCUGAGGAAGAAGCUUGCUUACAGGAGAGCAUUCACACGUCUGGCUUCCCUUUCUGGACAGCGAUUGUAUUUAAAGCAGUUUGUUCUAUCUUUGAAUAAAGUGUCUUGGGUGAUUACACUUUAUCCUUUCAGGCCACUGGACAAAGUUUCUCAACUCAGUGUUGACAGGAAUCUGCUGCUGAGGUUCAUCCACUGCUGUGCUGCCUCUGACGCCCAGCAGUGGGCAGCAGUCAGCCUGCUCAGGGCUGUGCAGCAUCUGGAUCUGUCCUGCUCCUCCUGUGUGGAUCUACCAGAGGAGGGUCAGAGUAAGACUCUCAGUCUGACUGUUGAGGACUGCAGGGCCAUCUCCACCAUCCUGAGACACAGCAGCAGCAGGGACACACAGCUCAACCUGCAGGACUGUGAGCUGGAGGACAGCAGACUGGACCUGCUGUUUCCUGUCCUCGACAGAGUCCGUCUCAGAGCCAGUAAAGCUCUCCUCCUCCAGCUGCUGUCCCUGGUUCCUGUGAACACUAAGAGGGACACAGUGAGACGGGCAGUGUCUCUGUGUAGAGCCCUGGGUGGAGAGCUGGACCUCAGUCACACCACACUGGAUCAGAGGGCCUGUGGAGCUUUGGCUCAGAUGCUGGACUUCUCUGAAGGGCUGACUGAGCUGGACCUCAGUCACUGUGAGCUCACUGACCAGCUGCUGCUCACACUCAUCACACAUCUGCACAAAGUACAAGUCUUGGAUCUGAGUCACAAUAAGAUCACUGAUGCUGCAGCUCACAUGUUACUCCAACUGGUCUCCAUCAACCCCUCCAUUGACACUGUGCGACUCUUCAGCAACAACAUUGUGGACAUAAAUCUCUUUAAGGAACACCAGCAGUUUGAAAUAUGGUGACCCAGUCGACAGUGUGGUAAUGUGCUCAUCAGGAAUAACUCCUUAAUGUCCAAUGAAAUAUUACUGUAGUACGAGCACUGAUACUGUGUUUGUGCUCAAUACUUGAUGAUGAUGACCACUUUACAUCUUUAUUUUUAAUAUGAUAAAGUUUGCUGAUAAUAUAAACUGUAGUUUUUAUAUUUUAUCAUUUAUAUAUUUAUAUUUUCUUAUUGAGACAAAACAAAUAGAGGUGUUAUUUUAGUAUAGAGGUGUUAUUUUAGUAUCAUGAGGAGUCCUAAUUUAUCUUUUUGUAUUUUGGGAUAACUGUCUUUAGCCGUAUUAUCAGGGGAGCUCAUGUCAUUUGUAAUCAUUAUGAAGGUUGUCUGUGAUCUUAAUCCCGUGUGAAUCUGCCAUGUCUGUAAUUUGUAAAGUACAAAUUUAGGGGUCGUAUUUCUUUUUCUUGCUAGUAUCAAACAGGUAUUUUACUGUAACAGAGCAGAACUGAGCGUGGCGCAGCAGUGGAAGAAAUAUGGUACGAAUAGGGCUUUUGUGUGUAUUUUGUGAUAACUGUAAUCUGGGAUUAUGUUUACUUCAAUGCAGAGAAGAACAACUGUAAUAAUAUCUCAGAGUAACGGUUCAAUAAAGGUGCUUUCAGGUGACAAUCAUGUUCAAUACAUUGAGAUAAUAAAUUAUCUGAAGAAAAUGAUCUUUAAAAUGUAAAUAUUAGGUAAGUUUUCACUUGAGAUUUUAAAUAAAGUAAUGCCAGAGAUAAUAUUGAUAUUAAUAUUAAAAUAACAUUUUCUGAGCUUUUCCUCGUUAAAAUACCUCGUUGACUGUAAACUGCAGUGAUCAGUGUUUUCUUGCAAUAGGAAACACUGGUUGCAUAAAAUACUGGUGAAAAACUGAAUUCAACAGUUCUGUUGAAUUCAGUUUUUCACCAGCUGAAUGACUUUGUGCUGUUUGUUCAGUUUCCACCAGAAACAUUUCUGGAAAUACAAUAACUAUUCUAACAUGUUGUUCGAAUGUACAGCU